UCACAAUACCAACGCGCCGCCGUGUUGUUAUUGUGUUGCCAGCUCUCGGGAAAAGCCACCGGGAAUUCUUUACCUGGCCAUCUCCUACUUGCAGGCUAGGGCACCCGAGAUCCCUUCAGAAGCUCUACCAAGCUGCGUUGCGACAGGAGCUGCCAUUUCUGAAGCGAUUCCGACACAUUGAAAUUUGGCGGAGGGAAUAAGACCCAAGAGACGCAAUCAUCAGCGAGGAAGGCAGGCCCCGUCCGGGGAUCUUAGAAACCCUGCGGUUCAUCAUGAAGUUCCAGUAUAAGGAGGACCAUCCAUUUGAGUAUCGGAAAAAGGAAGGAGAAAAGAUCCGGAAGAAAUAUCCUGAUAGGGUCCCUGUGAUCGUGGAGAAGGCUCCUAAGGCCCGGGUGCCUGAUCUGGACAAGAGGAAGUACCUAGUGCCCUCUGACCUCACUGUUGGCCAGUUCUACUUCUUAAUUCGGAAGAGGAUCCACCUGAGACCUGAGGACGCCUUAUUUUUCUUUGUCAACAAUACCAUCCCUCCCACCAGCGCUACCAUGGGCCAGCUGUAUGAGGACAACCAUGAGGAAGACUACUUUCUGUAUGUGGCCUACAGUGAUGAGAGUGUCUAUGGGAAGUGAGUGGUGGAAGCCCAGCAGAUGGGAGCACCUGGACUCGGGGGUAGGGGGAGGGGUGUGUGGGGGACUUGGGGAAAGAGAAGGGGGGCUCCCACCAUGGAGGACACAGAAGGUGAAGACAUCUGGAAAGACUACACCACACACACCGUCAUCAUAUUUUCACCUGCUCAGUUGUUAUUUUUUGUUGCUUCCUCGGUCCAGGGAGAAAACAUGUCAGGACAGAGCAGUUGGAUUAGCUUCGCUAGAGGAAUGGAGAUGAUACAAUUGAAUAGCAGUGCUGUGAAUUACUUUUUUGUGUGAAUUUUUUUCAUUGAAGAGUCAGGAGGUGGGUGAGUUGGGGCCAGAGAUGAUUGUGGACCAGCAUCAACUUCCUGCUCUCCCUUCCCUUUGGGCAGAGAUUCUGUCUUUGACAUUUGCACGAGACAGGUAGGGGAAGGGGAUGGUAAUGUUUUAGGACUACUGGUGGUGGACCAUUCCUGGGGACCAAAAGAGACACACUGUAAUUAAAGCGUGGUGCCCCUGCUCUCUCCUGUCUCCAUACCUCCUUCUCAAUCCCAGUCGUCAGCUCACACACAAACAUCACAGCACCAGCCCAGUGCUGGCAAUAGACAUCAGACAGAAAUUUAGAUGGAGCUGUCUUACUGUGAGAAAGUGGGCCGGGUGGGAAGGACAUUGUGGUUAACUAUGGAGGUAGUUUCCAUAGCAUAACUGGAAUUGAUGAAGUAUUGAACAUCUCUGUCUAACCUGCUCUCUCUCUUGCUGGUGCCUCUUAUCCCACACCUACCUUGGACUUGAAUGAGCCUCAACCAUUUCCAGUGACAGGUUAAAGGGAUGUCCUCCCUUCCUGCUGUCCCUUCAGUCUCACAUGCACAGAAACGCUAAGUGAUAGCCAGCUGCUUCCCUUCUUGGGUUUUUAUUUACUGCAGCUGCUAGUUAGAAAAGUUUGAGGGGAUGACUUUUAGUAAUUCAUGGGGAUUUUGUUGAUUCUGAUUAUUUUCACUUUAGGGGUUAUGUGGGUGGGGGUGGGGCACAGGAAUUGCACUCAGACAUGACAUUUCAAUUCAUCUCUACUAAUGAAAAGGGUCCUUCCUGUGGGGGAAAUCUGUGUGUCAAUUUUGUCAGCUGCAGGUUCUUGUAUAAUAAAGAUUAUGCUGUCAGGCCAAGGAAAUAAAAUUAUUGCAUACCUUAAAUCUCA